GUCUGUCAGGACCCUGUUGGAGCUCUGUGCAGUGCCCAGUGACAAGCUUCACUCACGCUCUGUCCUGCCACAACCACACAAAUGGACAACAAGAAGAAUUUCAAGAAGGAAGUCUUACCCCAUUAUUCAAAGACAUUAACAUCAGUCGUGUCUCUCGCUGAUAUCGCCAUUCGUGUUUCUGACACAGCUCUCAGUGAGACUGACGAGAGAAGAUUCAGAUUCGAGGUGGAAGAAGCUCACUCUGAAAUUCAGAAGGCAGUGCAAGGAGGGGAGAAGGUCAGAGGUCAGGUGGAUCGUAAGACCGAAGAUAUUGCAGCAAAGAAUCCUGACUCUGAAAUAGAAAGCUUGAGAAAACAGCUGGAGGAUGUGGACAAGCAAUUAAUAGCAGAGGAAACUGAGAAAGACAAGACCAGAGAUGAACUUUAUCGUGCCCAGGCUCAGCUGUUGCACACGACAGAAACUCAGGACAAAGCUAAUGUGAAGAAAGCAGAGAAAGAAACUCUUCGUAACCUGGGCUAUGGUCUGCUUAUCAUCCCCUUCAUCGGAAUCCCGAUGGUUCUCAGCACUUCCAAAGAAAUCAAGCGUUGUGAGGAUACCAUUCAAAAUACAACAGCAGCCAAGGGAGUUUUGGAGAAGGAAUGUGAUGAGGAGAGAUACAAACUGGAAAAGUGUUCCGAAAAGAUAAAGGAUCUGAAAGAUAAGCAAGUGGAUUAUGAGUGGACUAUGGAGAGGGAGAGAGCAGAAUUGAAGAGAAGGAAAGAAGAGGGAGCUGAGCUGUUUGAUACACAGAAAAAUAGAGUCCAGGCUCAGUUUGCCCAAUCUCCCUUCCUGGGACAGUCCUGCCGUCCCAGUUACAAGGCUGGGGAGCCUUUGCUGCACUCACUCAGUGGCAGUGAUCCCUUCCCUGAGUAA